AAAGAAACUAUGAAAGCCACCGGUAUCUACUAUCUGCUGUUAUUCUUUCCUGCUUUGAGUCUUACCACCAGGUUGGGAUAUGAAGAUCUGGAAAGAAAACUGAAAGAAGUAUUCACAGAAAGAAGCAACAUCCUACAUCAGCUAUCAGAAACUUCAAAAGAACUUGAGGGAAUUAAAGUAAAUUUUAAGGCCUUGAACACUGAUGAGAUGGCUGCCAAGAAUGAUGUUCAGAAACUGCUGGAUUUAAGCCAGAAACAACGGGAAGAAAUGAAGUCUCUGCAGGAAACUCUUCAAAAGCAGCUUAAUGAAGCAGCAGAAAAAGAAGAUAAACAGCAGGCUACAAUUAAGUUUCUGAAGAGUGAAAUGGAAUGGAAGACGAAAAUUAUUCGAGACCUACAGCAAGAGAACAAGAGCUUGAAACACAAAUUAGUAUCAGGAAGCAAACUCUGUGGCAUUCAUACCGAAGAGUAAAAAAAAAAAAAAGGGGGUUGGGAGGGUGGCCUAUGUUUGCCUUAA